AAAAAAAAGCUCAACUAUUCUUUUUUGCACGCAUCUCUUUCUCCGCACAAGACCCUUGCAAGUUGGGGGCAGAAAUUGCGGGAAAAGGAAAAAGGAGAGGUACAGUGUAAAACCUCGGCGGAUUUGGGAGCGAGGAACAACGUCGCAAGGUCUCUGGGCUCUGGAGAAAGGAAGGGGCGAGAGGAGGUGAGGAGAGUGGUAGAAGGAAAGCCAGAACGCAAGAAAAACAAAGUGGAGAGAGGGAAGAGAAGGGAGAAGGAAAGGAAGAAGAGAAGGAGCGGGAGGGCGGGGAAGCGAGGAGCGGGACGGGGGAGGCAGCGAGCGGGCGCCGCCGGGCUCGGUGGCGGAGCCGGAGCGGAUCCGGGCUGCGCGCCCUGGGCGGCUCCCGGCGGAGCGGCCGCGGAACUCCGCGGCGGAGGAAGCCUCCUUCCGCGGAGAGAGGCAGGCAGCGGGAGAGGGGAGGAGAGACUCUUCGGUGAACCAGGGCUAAACGCAGCCUGUACUGUAUGUGCCUGCUUCUGGGAGGGUCACCGGCGUGAGGAUGGGUCUAAUGAUCUCAUCUUUCUUUUCUUCCCCGGCACUAUUAGUGCUCAGAUAGGCAGAAUGAAGUGAAACUACGUGCAAAUCAUGUGUAAAUUGUCUCAGUUAGGAGCCCUUUAUCCGAACGUGUAUCCCAGCCUGGCCCAUUUACUUUUCCCCCAUAUCUCCUUUAGCUUUAACGAGGCUCGUUAAGAUCACAAUAAUAUUCCACCCUCUAAUUGCUCAUCCCAUUCAACAAAUAUGUGCACACUGCUUUUCGCAUUAUUUGAUCCCUUAUUUAGGAGGGGUGUGGAGAAGGAGGGGGGAGAGACAGGGAGAAGGGGAAGUGCUGAGAUUAGGAGUUGCAAAGAUUAAGGAGGAAAAAAAAAAAUCCAAACAACAAACCAGGCUUUUCCACCAACCGCCCAGCUUCCCUCCCCCCCGUGCAUUUGGGCGAAGUGGUAAAAACCUUCCUUACGUACUCCGUAAUGAUUGGCAGGGCUGACAGUGAUUGGCAGAGGCUGCCAUGGCAACGCCACAACGACACUCAGAAGACCAAUAGAAAAGCGAAACAAAAUGUUUCAGCGCUGCACUCACUGUGGAUUUAGGGGAGAUAUUAUGAGGCUGUUGUCAUUAGGGCGAUCGCUGUUGAAUCACUGAAUCCUGACUCGGCGGCGGCGCGGGGCCGGGUGUGUGUGAGUGCGUGUGCGGUGUGUGUGAGCGCGCGUGUGCGUGUGCCCGCGUGUGCGUGUGAGUGUGUGUGUCCCCGUGCCUCUAUGUGGCUGUGUGUGCGUGUGCGGGUGUGGAUGCGUGCGCGGUGCGUGUGCCCUUUCCUCCCUUCUUCCUCCCUUUCUUUCUUUUCUCCUUGAUCUAUCUCCCCCUCUCCCCGGUCAUCCCAUGGUGUUCAGGUCCCCGCUAGAGCUUUAUCCCACCCAUUUCUUCUUGCCAAACUUCGCCGCCGAUCCGCACCACCGCUCCCUCCUUCUCGCCAGCGGCGGCGGCGGCGGCAGCGGCAGCGGCUCGGGCUGCAGCCCCGGUGCCGGCGGCGGUGGAGGCGGCAGCUCCCGGGCACCCCACGAAGAGUUGUCAAUGUUUCAGCUGCCCACACUCAACUUCUCCCCGGAGCAAGUGGCCAGCGUCUGCGAGACGCUGGAGGAGACUGGAGACAUAGAAAGGCUGGGGAGGUUCCUCUGGUCGCUGCCGGUGGCGCCGGGGGCAUGCGAGGCCAUCAACAAGCACGAGUCCAUCCUCCGCGCCCGGGCGGUGGUGGCCUUCCACACGGGCAACUUCCGAGACCUCUACCACAUCCUGGAGAACCACAAAUUCACCAAGGAGUCCCACGGCAAGUUGCAGGCCAUGUGGCUAGAAGCGCACUACCAGGAGGCCGAGAAGCUAAGGGGUCGCCCGCUGGGGCCGGUUGAUAAAUACAGGGUGAGGAAGAAGUUUCCGCUGCCCAGGACCAUUUGGGAUGGCGAGCAGAAGACGCACUGCUUCAAGGAGAGGACUCGCAGCCUCCUGAGGGAGUGGUACCUGCAGGACCCUUACCCCAACCCCAGCAAGAAAAGGGAACUGGCUCAGGCCACGGGGCUCACCCCCACGCAAGUAGGCAACUGGUUCAAAAACCGAAGGCAAAGAGACAGAGCGGCGGCGGCUAAAAACAGGCUCCAGCACCAGGCGAUAGGACAGAGCGGCAUGCGGUCGCUGGCAGAGCCCGGCUGCCCGACACACAGCUCGGCCGAGUCUCCGUCCACGGCGGCCAGCCCGACCACCAGCGUCUCCAGUUUGACAGAAAGAGCCGAGACGGGCACCUCCAUCCUCUCGGACAAGCACGAUUUCUCCUUUGCGCUUUUCCAUGGACGCAUUUCACCCACUUGCAUGAUGAUGAUGAUUAAAUUUGUAUCUGGGAAAAAAUAUUCUCUAUAGUAAAGGAAAACAAACAGAAACCAGACAAACAAAUGCAAACUCCGAUCGAAUUUGUACAAAAAUCAAAAAUAAAAAAAAAUUUAAAAGGAACUCCUUGAAUAGGGAAAUAACAAAUGUUUAUCGCCUUUUUGUUGGUCCUAUUUCUCUCUCUUUCUCUCUUCCUCUCUCUUUCUCUCUCUUUUUUUUUUUUUUUCUUUUGGUGGUUUUUUUUUUUUGGU